UCAACGGAUUCCGAGGAGGAUGCACCACUUCAUUUGGACAACAAUUGUGGGUCUGCUGGCCCUCGCAUCGGCGGCCAAUGUUCCACGUCUCCGAUCCGAUUAUGAGCAGAGCAGAACGGAGGUCAGAGCUGGCCGCCGCUACCAGGAGCAGGACACGGCCCGCGCCUUCUACUCCUACGGCUACAGCGACGACACUGCCGCCCGGGCAGAGUACUCCUCCCGCGAUGGCUCCUCCAGGGGCUUCUACUCGUAUGUGGAUGCCGACGGCAAGCUGCAGACGGUGCGCUACGAGGCCAGUCGGGGCCAGGGCUUCAAGGCGGAGGGCAGCAGUCUGCCGCAGGCGCCCGUCGAUGAGGGAAAGCCGCCGCUGCCCGUCGCCGACACGGAGGAGGUGCAGCAGGCGCGUUCCGCGCAUCUGAAUGCCCUGCGGGAGGCCCGAGAGGAGUCCGAUAGAACGCAGCAAGAAGGCAGGGCCCGAGCCAAUGCCAAUGAAGCUGAGGAGCGGAAUCUCAGCGAUGAGGAUGCCGACAUUCUGGAGCGGGUGCGAGCACAGCUGUCGGCCAUGCUGGCGGAUCGUCAGCGAUCCAGCAAUCUGCCGCAGAUCAACGAAGCCACGGAGGAUGAGCGGCAGACCGCAGCAGAGGAUCAAAGGAAGGGCGAUCGAGAGGCUGAGGAGGAUGCCCGCCUGCGCACCGUCUACUCCCUGGGGGAUCUCAGCUCGAGCAGCUACCUGAAGCUGGGCGACCUGCAGGAUCGUUUGAGCUUGCGCAGCGGCGAUCUCCGAGUGCCGGUUGGGGCCUACUACACCCUCGUCUCGCCCAGCGCCCAGUACAGCGUGACGACGCCCACGGAGCUGAGAACGCUGCGUCCCGUGGCCCUCAGUCGCAGUUUGUUGGUGAGCAAACGCAACUGAUGGGAGGAUCAAUGAUUAAUGA